GGGGGGUGUCCGGGCCGACGAGGGACGACGAGAGGCGCGGCAGGAUGGUCGAAAUACCGAGACCCCACAGUCCAUCGUCCAUCUUCUUGCCGCCACCUACAUACCUGUGCAAACACUCGCCAUACAAUCAAUGCACUGCCGUCUACCGCCUCUCCGUCCUCUGCCUCUCCCCUCCCUCGCCCUUUAACACCACCUCUCCAUCGCUCUUACACUCACAAUGCAGACAUGACGAUCGACGAAGCCCACCACCCCGCCCUCGCCCCCUUCGCCGACUUCGCCUUCGUGCUCGCCGCGCCCCCGCCCCACCCCACACCACUCAAGUCCACACCUGCGGUCACAUACCAUGUCCUGCCUCCAUCGACGGUCCGCGCCGUCGGCGAGCAAGCACCCACCCAGCUCUACUUUGAGUCGUUUCUGCUCGACCACGGCGCGCUCGCCAUCACACGCGCCGACCUCAUCCACGUCCUCUCCCUCCUCUUGACGCGCUACGCUGAGGCAGCCGACCUCGUCGCCCAAGUCACAAAGACCAUGUCCGAGCCGCUCGGCAAGCCCGACGCCGCAUGGUGUCUCGAGAUCCACGCCAGUGUAAAAGAGGUUGCGCGCCGGCGCCUGGAGAUGGCUCGCACAUUCAACCGCGAACUGAUGCGCCUCUCCGACCUCGAGCGCACAGGACACCCCCCGAGGAGCUGGAAGACGUUCACGCGCGCCGGCAAGCCGUCUGCGCGCCGCCGCCGCUCCCGGCCCUCCUCGUUGUCCGAGGACGAAGUGGAAGAGCUCCCGUCUCCGCCAGAAGGCAGCCUGUCGCCGCUGCGCCGCCCGUGCGCCCUCCCCCGCAUCCGCGAGGACAGCGACACGGACUGGACAGGCAGCAUGCAGUGCGGCGGGAUCCACUUCGUCAGCGAGUGGGUGUUCCGCGUCACGCGGCUUAUUACGGCCGAAGGUUUCCCGGGCGGACAGGAGGAGCGGGAUGCGCGCGCCCUCGAGACGGCGCGUGACGAGCUCGCGCAUCUCCAGCACCAUAUGGCGCAUGCUAGUGGAUCCCGGUCGCCGCCUCCGCCGCCGUAUGCGCCCCGGUCACGCACGCUUUCGUUGAUGCGCUUCCGGUCUACGCCCAGCCCCUCGCCGCCACCAGUCGAGAAACCCAGGCCUAAACAUGCAGAGUCCAGCAAGUGCGACGGCAAGGACAAGGCCGGGGUGUGUGACUACCUCCGCCGUCUCUUCGUUGGUUAGAGAUCCUCCGCUUCUCUCUCCCCCACCUCCCCACCUCCCCUCCCUUCUACACGCAAAUGCACUGUAUUACUAGAUUCAUCUAUGCAAGAUAACGAG